GCGCCGGAUCCCCGCGGGUAGGGAGGGGCGGGAGGCGCCGCGGGGAUCCCGGGGCAGCCGAGGGCCCCUGACUCUGUUCACCCAGACAACAUGGACCGAAUGGCCAGCUCCAUGAAGCAGGUACCAAACCCACUGCCCAAAGUGUUGAGCCGGCGCGGGGUUGGUGCUGGGAUGGAGGCUGCAGAGCGCGAGAGCUUCGAGCGGACUCAGACUGUCAGCGUCAAUAAGGCCAUUAACACGCAGGAAGUGGCCGUGAAGGAGAAGCAUGCCAGGACGUGUAUUUUGGGCACCCACCAUGAGAAAGGAGCGCAGACCUUUUGGUCCGUGGUCAACCGACUGCCUCUCUCCAGCAACGCCAUGCUGUGCUGGAAGUUCUGUCACGUGUUCCACAAACUUCUUCGCGACGGACAUCCAAACGUGCUGAAAGACUCUCUGAGAUACAAAAAUGAGUUAAGCGACAUGAGCAGGAUGUGGGGCCACCUGAGCGAGGGGUAUGGACAGCUUUGCAGCAUCUACCUCAAAUUGCUGAGAACAAGGAUGGAGUACCACACCAAAAAUCCCAGGUUCCCGGGCAACCUCCAGAUGAGCGACCGACAGCUGGAUGAGGCUGGAGAAAGUGACGUUAACAACUUUUUUCAGCUCACGGUGGAGAUGUUUGAUUACCUGGAGUGUGAACUGAACCUCUUCCAGACUGUGUUCAACUCCUUGGACAUGUCCCGCUCGGUGUCCGUGACCACGGCUGGCCAGUGCCGCCUCGCACCGCUCAUCCAGGUCAUCCUGGACUGCAGUCACCUCUAUGACUACACUGUCAAGCUGCUCUUCAAGCUCCACUCCUGUCUUCCAGCUGACACCCUGCAGGGCCACCGAGACCGCUUCAUGGAGCAGUUCACAAAGUUGAAAGAUCUGUUUCAGCGCUCCAGCAACCUACAGUACUUCAAGCGGCUCAUUCAGAUCCCCCAGCUGCCCGAGAAUCCACCCAACUUCCUACGAGCCUCAGCCCUGUCAGAGCACAUCAGUCCUGUGGUGGUGAUCCCAGCUGAGGUGUCAUCCCCAGACAGUGAACCUGUCCUGGAGAAGGAUGACCUCAUGGACAUGGACGCCUCCCAGCAGGUAGAGAUCCUUGCGAGAGGAACUUGGCCCUUCCAGAACAGACAGGACCACUUGAUUGACCGCCUAUACAGAGAGAUCAGUGGACUGACAGGGCAGCUGGACAACAUGAAGAUUGAGAGCCAGCGGGCCAUGCUGCAGUUGAAGGGUCGAGUGAGUGAGCUGGAGGCAGAGCUGGCAGAGCAGCAGCACUUGGGCCGGCAGGCUACGGAUGACUGCGAGUUCCUGCGUACGGAGCUGGAUGAACUGAAGAGGCAGCGAGAGGACACCGAGAAGGCGCAGCGCAGCCUGACUGAGAUAGAAAGAAAGGCCCAGGCCAACGAACAGAGGUAUAGCAAGUUAAAAGAGAAGUACAGUGAACUGGUGCAGAACCAUGCUGACCUGCUGCGGAAGAACGCAGAGGUGACCAAACAGGUGUCCGUGGCCCGGCAAGCCCAGGUGGAUUUGGAAAGAGAGAAAAAAGAGCUAGCAGAUUCCUUUGCACGUGUCAGUGACCAGGCCCAACGGAAGACUCAAGAGCAACAGGAUGUUCUAGAAAACCUAAAGCAUGAGCUGGCCUCCAGCAGACAAGAGCUGCAGGUCCUCCACAGUAGCCUGGAAACCUCUGCCCAGUCAGAAGCGAAAUGGCUGACACAGAUCGCCGCGUUGGAGAAGGAGCAGGGCAGCUUAGUGACUGUCGCGGCUCAGAGAGAGGAAGAGUUAUCAUUCCUCCGAGACCAGCUGGAAAGCACCCAGAUCAAGCUGGCCGGGGCCCAGGAAUCCAUGUGCCAGCAGGUUAAGGAUCAGAGGAAACUCCUCUUGGCGGGGAUCAGGAAAGCUGCAGAGCGUGAAAUACAGGAGGCGCUGAGCCAGCUUGAGGAGCCCGCCCUCAUCAGCUGUGCAGGAUCCACAGAUCACCUUCUCUCCAAAGUCAACUCUGUUUCCAGCUGCCUCGAGCAACUGGAAAAGAACCGCAGCCAGUAUCUGGCCUGCCCAGAAGACAUGAGUGAGCUUCUGCACUCGAUCACCCUGCUCACCCACUUGACCGGUGACACUAUCAUCCAGGGGAGUGCCACCAGCCUCCGGGCCCCACCGGAGCCGGCCGACUCUCUGACGGAGGCCUGCAGGCAGUACGGCAGAGAAACCCUGGCCUAUCUGUCCUCCCUGGAGGACGAGGGAGCCGUGGAGAGAGCUGACGUCACAGUCCUUAGGAACUGCCUCAGCAGGAUCAAGACCAUUGGCGAGGAGCUGCUGCCCAGGGGCCUGGACAUCAAGCAGGAAGAGCUGGGUGACCUGGUGGACAAGGAGAUGGCAGCCACUUCAGCUGCCAUCGAAGCUGCCACCACCCGGAUAGAGGAAAUUCUCAGUAAGUCCCGAGCAGGAGACACGGGAGUCAAGCUGGAGGUGAAUGAGAGGAUCCUGGGUUCCUGUACCAACCUGAUGCAGGCCAUCAAGGUGCUCGUUGUGGCCUCCAAGGACCUCCAGAAGGAGAUAGUGGAGAGCGGCAGGGGUACUGCGUCCCCUAAGGAAUUUUAUGCCAAGAACUCUCGGUGGACAGAAGGGCUUAUAUCUGCCUCCAAAGCUGUUGGUUGGGGAGCUACCAUCAUGGUGGAUGCUGCUGAUCUUAUGGUUCAAGGCAAAGGGAAGUUCGAGGAGCUGAUGGUGUGCUCACGGGAGAUUGCUGCCAGCACCGCCCAGCUCGUGGCUGCAUCCAAGGUGAAAGCGAACAAGGGCAGCUCCAAUCUGACCCAGCUGCAGCAGGCCUCUCGCGGGGUAAACCAGGCCACAGCUGCUGUGGUGGCCUCAACCAUUUCUGGCAAAUCUCAGAUUGAGGAAACAGACAAUAUGGACUUCUCAAGCAUGACUCUGACCCAGAUCAAGCGCCAAGAGAUGGAUUCCCAGGUCAGGGUGCUGGAGCUGGAAAACGACCUGCAGAAGGAGCGUCAGAAACUAGGAGAGCUACGGAAGAAACACUACGAGCUGGCUGGCGUUGCUGAGGGCUGGGAGGAAGGGACAGAAGCAUCUCCUUCCACUGUUCAAGAAGCAAUACCGGACAAAGAGUAGAGCAAAGUCAACCCCCCACACGUCAGAAUGUAAAUCCAUGUUACCCUUCCGUGACGCUUGCUCCCUACCGUGGCACAUCAGGUCCUUGUAGGCCUCUCCAGUGACAGAAGCCGAAGGCCAUCGGGUCUCCUCGUGACACCACCUCCGUUUGCAUGCAUGAUGGGUUCUUCCCCUAUGUCCCUGGCACACAGGCAGACCAGGGUCAACCAUGAGCAAGCUCAGGAACACAGCGACAUGGCCACUUCCUCGCCAGCCAUGUCCGGCUUAGAGGGGCUGCUUGUCACUGGGAGCUUGGUGAGGGGACAUCUUACGUCUUUUCUUUUGUCCCCCUCCUCUGUCCCUUGCAUUUUGUCCUUUGCACAAACUUGUGAGCAUCCGAACUCCGCUGGAUUCCAACCCAGACUGAUGUCUGACUCCACUGUUGGAGAGAACACGCAGGGACAGCUGGCCUCCACACUACACUUUUUGGCAGUUCAAUGGGUCCCCUAACUGCUUCUUAUUAGGUGGUCGUUUGGGUCUUUUGGCUUCCCGUUUUUUAAAGUUUCACACAGCCAACUUUCCCAAAAAGGAUUCCUACCCCACCCAGUCUGACCCUGAGCUCUGAGCCUUCUGAGAAGCAGCCACCACCACACACCCCAGUGCGGCUCAGGCUACGCUUUGGUGCUCCAGCUCGGCAGUUCCAUCAGCCAAGGUUACCCCCCAGGGCGACAGCUCUCCUUGGCUGAGGCUGAGCUAGUAGUGCCUUUACUUUCUGAUGUGGAUGCCAGCCCAAGGCCUCCGUCCACCGUCACAAGCCAGGGAGCACCAGAGUUGAAGAAAUAGCAAAUGGUGCCAGGGGCCCAGCUGUUCAGGGGACGUUUUCUUAGAAGCUCCUGUCACUGCGCUCACCCCGCCACCUGCUGGAAUGGAGCCGGUGUGGACAGCAACACUACAUCCCCAGAGCGAACUUCCUGUGCCACGUCACUUGGGUCAUCUCCUGUCAAACCUGGACAAGGUCCCAAGAGGGAUAAAUCUAAAAGAGCCUAAAGUGGUUCCUUCUCCGUCUGCCUGCCUCCGCAUCCUACGGAACCAGAAAAAGAUGGUUCCGUGUGCUACUUACCCAACAGGCCCACAGGAUCAGACCCACUUGCUCCCAUCAGGAAACGAACUUGGCUCGGUGUAAGACUCUUUAUAUUUAUUACUAACAAUCUUUAUGCAGCACAUGCCCCAGAGAUGCUUGGAGCAAUCAGGACCAAGGGUAACUAACCAGGCGUGCCCUCCGCCAUCAAUCUCCACUGAUCACAGAGCUAAAGCGCCAUCCCUGGGCAUUUCCAGGCUUGGAUUCCAAAGCAGGCAGGUUCCUUAAAGCACUGAGGAACAGGGCAAAGAAGAAAGGGGACCACUAGCUAUCACACAGUCCCUAUCACCACCCACCCACUCUGGUUUCCAGACAGGAUAGGGACAGGGGCACCGUGCCUAGCCACAAGCAGGGACAGCACUUUGCAACUCCCAAAUGGUGCCCUGAUCUAAGUGACCUUGUGAUCUGUAGGGUGGGCCAGGGGGAGUGGCUUCUUCUUUAUCUGUAGUAACACAUAGGUGACAGCCAGCAAGCACUUCUUUGAGCCUGUCCCCAAGGGGCACAGCUCAGCUUUGCUGAGUAAUGGGUUGUGAGACUAAUGUUUGAUCACUGUGAAUCAACCUCCUUCUUCCUGCGCCACGCUCCCCCACUCUGUCCCCAGUGGGUACUCCAAAACCUCCCAGAGACCCAGAUGAUGGCUGUGACAUGUGACCUCCGCACUGGGCUAAAGGAGUUUCCUGCGGUAGAAACGGGCCCAUUCUGGUGCCAGAACAAUGUUUCUUGGGUCUAAGGACCAGAACACUCGAUGGAUGAGUGGCGUCGUGGGCUCGUUCGAGUCAAUGCAGCCAGUCCGUGUGUUCACUGCCAGUCAGUUUUUCCAACGGUUGGCCAUAGAGUCCUUGCUUCUAGAAAGUGACUAGAGUCACUUUCAUGUGUCCCAUAGAGGUGACAUCAAACACACAGCAAUAGAUGGGGGUUUUCUGAAUAAAUGAUGAACCCAUCUGAAAAACCACUGUCAUUUUAAAAGCCCCGGUAAACUCUGCCCUGGGAGCGAAACAGUGAAGAAGCCCCAGCACGAGGUAAGGCAGCAGCGCAGAAGGGUCCCUACCUGCUUCGUGUCACAUCAGGACUUUGUCAUAGCUCGAGUCGGAAGCCGCCUUUCUCCAGCCAGGCUGGCUGGCACUCAGCCGACCGUGGCAGGAAGAGCCCGAAUUUACAUACCUUGUCUCAAAAAAAAGAAAAAAAUUAAAACAGGUUAUAUA